CCUCCUGGGCAGCUGGCUGGAUAUAAGCCCACGCACGUCCCCUCAGCCGCCCCACAACGCUUUUUCUCAUCACCACUCAGCACGCAGGGGAAAAAAAAAUGCCCGCCUCGCCGCCCGACUUUGGCGCUUUCUUUGCGGACCGCAGCAUGGGGCUGAUGGCCGUGGGACACCCCGGCUCCGGCCCUGCCUAUCUGGGGGCCCAGCAGCUCCCCGUCACCUAUUCAGGACUACACGGAUACAACUUGAUCCCCUUGGCGGUCCACCAUCAUCACCACAGACACGUCCCGCACAUGGGCAACGCCUUUGACCUGAAGACCGCCGCCUCCCCUUACCAUCAUGCGUUGCUGGCCCGUGGGGGCCCCUUCUUCCCGCCCUACCGACCCGGCCCGACGGAGGAGCCCGGGCGAGGCGGGGCCAAGGUGGCCACCCGUGAGAGCACGGGGGCGCUGAAGGCGUGGCUGGGCGAGCACCUGAAGAACCCGUACCCCACCAAGGGCGAGAAGGUCAUGCUGGCCAUCAUCACCAAGAUGAGCCUGACGCAGGUCUCCACCUGGUUCGCCAACGCGCGGCGCCGCCUCAAAAAGGAGAACCGCGUCAGCUGGGCCUCCUCCAGGUCCAAGUCGGACGAAGAAGAUGAGGAGCAGGAGAGUGAGGAUGAAGAGGAGGAGGAGGAGGAGGGGCCUCUGAGGAGGUGCGACGCAGACGCCCGGGACGAGACGGCGCGGCCGGUCGUCGAGAGUUUGCCGGAGAACGCGGCGGACGCGGGGGUGGCAUCGCAGGACGGGGCUGAGGGAGUGCGCCUGCAGGUCCAUCACACACCCUCACCUCAGGAGAGCAAAGACACUCCAAAGCCCAAAAUAUGGUCGCUGGCCGAGACCGCCACAUCGGAGUCAGUGAAGAAACCAGCAGAACGCACGUACCAGUCUGCGGAGAGGAUUUGGGCCGAGUGGGCAUCCAGAGGCACACGUCUGCUGCCCACCUAUUACACUGCCCACGAAAUCCACUAACGACACCCCCGCCCCCACCCACCCCUUCAAUAUUCGUAGACAAUGUCUACUAUUGAUGCACUUUAGCCUCUCAGACGACAGGGAUUGGAGCUCAACCCUGGAAAUCUGUUUCCAGACCAAAGAUGUUUUUUAAUGUAAAUAAAUGUAGAUGUAUAUUUCCAACAAACCUGUAAAUUAAGUUUCCCGUUGUCUGCUGAUGGAGGAAUAUUUUUACUUAAAUAAAA